AUAUCACCCGUGCCGUGUGUGUAGGUGAAGUAAGAAAAGUUUCAAUUAUUUUUCAAUUUUGUUUCACGAUUCUAAUAAGUUUCUAAUUGUCAAGUGACAAUCAUCUUCAUAUGGUGAAGUCUGAAUUAUGACUUGCUUCAUUUCAUCAUGGCGAUACCCAUCACUCUAGAAUUUAGUGGAGGAGCAGAGUUGUUGUUUAACAACGUGAAAAAACACGACGUUGAACUUCAGGACACUCAGAAGUGGACCAUUAGCAAUUUGCUGAUCUGGAUUAAAGAAAAUCUUCUGAAAGAGAGGCCAGAACUUUUUAUUCAAGGAGCAACGGUUCGUCCUGGUAUCCUGGUGCUUGUGAAUGACACAGACUGGGAGCUGAUGGGUGAAUUGGAGUAUGAAAUACAACCAAUGGACAGAAUUGUUUUUAUCUCCACACUACAUGGUGGAUGACACAACACUAUCAGAUUGUGUGUUAGUAUGUGUAUGCAAGUGAGGGUGUAUGUGGAAAUAGGGGAACAUCGUUACCAAAUUGUAUUUAUUGUCUGUGCACUACUUUUCAUACUUUCAUGCCUUUUUUUUUGGUGCUGGCAUGGCAUAUUUGUUCAUGGUCUUGAAACAUUUAAUAAAUAUGAUUGUGUUUAAA